CUCAGUUGCUUUUGGUGCCCACAAGACAGCUCAAGCCAAACUUGUAGGUAAAAAAAAAAAAAAGCCAGAGGGAUCUCUUUGUGUUAUGGCAGUAGAAAACCUCAGGUUUUUCAUAGCAAAGAUUUCUUCAUAUGAGUAUAACACAACUGGCAAUGCUGUAAUUAUUGUCAUUAUCAGUGCCCAGCAGGCUGGCUGCUGUCUAAAGGCUAUUUGUGGCUUUUGUGUAUCUAUAAAUGGAAACCUCCACUACUCGGGAGUUAUCACCGGGGCUUUGGAUUGGACCUCACUUGGAGAAGCUGAAAAGUGUUGUGAAUGUCAGCAUGUAGACGAGUGGACCCCUCUGUCCUGGGAGACUUUCACUGCAGCCGAGACUCAGUCAUGGAGAAACUCAAAACUUUAUGCGACGCAGCAAAGGAUGGCACACAGAAGAUUUAUAGGACGAAGGAAGACCAGGGUGGGAACUGUACACGUCAUAGGAGAAAGGGGACAACCCUCCCAUUUUGGGUCGCUGUGCGAGUCUCUACGACCAAGCUUCUUUCUUUUACAUUUGUGCCUGUUGUGAGAAGAUUGCCAAUCAAAAACGAAGUGAGGGAAAAAAAGGGAAGUCCCGCAAGGACAUCAAAUGAGCAUUUAGCAGGAUCGAAGGAAAGAGAAGCAGAGGAUACCAUGUCAGAGGAUGGAGUGUUCAAGGCAGAGGUUGUGUACAUUGGUGCAGACUCUGAAGAGGGAGCAGCCAGGGGUCGCUGGGCUCAGCUGGCGAAAGACGAAACCGCCUACAGACAAGAGGCACAAUCCCAGUUAAAACUACCAACUGUUCACAUGACCCAAGGCCAGCCCACCUCUCUUCCAAUCUCUGCCCCCUCAGAGAACAAAGUGCACCUCUUUCAUAAUACAGCUCACAUACUGACUCCUGCUGCCUUGGAAAUUACUCAAAACAAUGACCAAUCCAAUCUCCUUUCAAACCAAGUCCCUGAAAAAAGGGAGAGGAGGACCCUGGUUUCAGCUUCUCAAGUGGCUCACUUCACAGAGCUCUUUGCAACGCCUGCCUCUUCAAAAGAGUCGGUCCUGUCCGAGGACUGUUCUGCCCUGCAUGCUCUCUCCUCGGAGGGGUCUCCCGUCUCCCUCAGCCGUACGGUCUCCCCAUGCUCCUCCAUCAGGUCCGGCGCUUUUUCUCCAUCUGUAAUACGGGUCAAGCGCCACUCUCUGGCGUCAGGUUCCAGCUUGUUGCAGAAACUGCCUUCCUGUCUCUCCCUGGCCUCUGAGAGUCCAUCUCCAUCACCCUGUCCCUUGUCCCCAAGCAUGGGGAGGGCGUGGCACAGACCCCCUCCCACACAGCUUUCCCUUCUCACUGCAAUACUGAGGAAAGGUCGCCUACCCAUUCUGUCCCCCACCCUGCAAAGGGCGUACUCUCCCUGCUGGCCCAUCACAGCAGCCAGUUUGUCCUCCUGUAAUGCCUGCUUGGCUGCUUCCAAGCUGGGCUCUUUGUAUCAGGGAGUGUCAGGGGCACAAUGCCAGAGUGCCAUGGAGGAGCCCAAAAUGGAUCCCAACCACACACAAUGGCCUGUGUCAGAGACCCUCAAAUGUCUCACUCCUCCGCCCUCUCCUGACUUAACAGAAGUCACUACCAUUGAUCCUCAUGUCCGAUCGCUGAGCCAGUCUGCCAAACUAGCUCCAGUCAAGCAUUCUACUGAACCAAGCCAAAGGGUCACCUCCCCCAUCUUUAAGAGUCAUACUGCUUCACCAAUCUGUCCCCAAUCUGUCACCAAUUUUUCACAGCCGAUUAACACCGAGGGGACUCUGUCCCAAGCAUCUAACCCUGUGCUCUCCUCGUCCUUUUCAAGACUUCGCUCUAUGUCCCCUAAAACCGGCUCUCUCACCUGCUGUUCCAAAGGGGACUUCCCUGCACUGUCCCCAGUGCCCAAAGUCACCUUUUCUUCAGUGCCAAGGUGCAAAGAAGUUAUCUGUCCUUCUUCUCUACAAAAUGGCAUUAAAGGCCCCCAAGCUGCAGAGAGGCCGUACUCCAGAUCCCCCGCUUGCCAACUUUCCCCACCUCCUAGGGCAAGCUCUUUCUCACCUUCCCCAUGCACAUCGCCCCACUUCCAUCGCUCGCCCUCGCCCAGACCCAACUCGCCUUCUUCCACGCCUGAGUGCCUGACCCUCUCCCCCUCUCCGGUGCCCUCCAAUCGUGACCUCUCCCCUUCACCCUCUCUGUCCGUGUCCUCCACACCCUCUCCGAUCCCCAAGAGCGGUGCUGACAGGGCGGGUAAAAAGAGAAAGUCCCAGCUGUACAAGAUCAAGUCAAGCUACAAGGCCCUUGCAGCGAUUCCCACAAACACCCUUCUGUUGGAACAGCAGGCGAUAGAUGACGAGGUGGAAAAAGAGGGGAGUCCAGUGGACAGCACAGACAAGGACAGUGUCUUGGAGACCCACGUGGAGAUGUGCUCUCCAGCUCAGCUCAGACAGCAGUCUGAAGAACUGUAUGCUGCCAUUGAUCAAGUCUUACAAGACCCACUUCCUAUGCGUCGAUCGCAGUCCGCUCCGUUGUCCCUGAUGACGUCAAUGGAGACAGAGGCACCCAAGAGAUUUACAUCAUUACCAAGAUCAGCUGGACGAGAAACCAAAUAUGCAACCUUCCACCUGCAAACACCUGGUUCUGCUGAAAGAAGUCUGACAAGGCCAGGAGUUAUACGGCCUGUGACUGUUAUUCAAAAAUUAACUGAGGAAGAGGAAGAAGAAGAGUAUCAUCCAAACCCCUUCCAGCAAUACCUUGAGGAGAUGCCAGAUGACCAACAACACGAGCCUCAGCACGCUAUUGUGACCAUCCACGAAAACGAGGCCCUGAGCUCCAAUGAGCUGGCGAGCAGACACAUGGGGAGCAGUGCAAAAGCAGCAGGGGGCUGCAGAAGUCCCGGGAGCCCGAGACCGCGUGGAGAGGAGACUCCUCCGAAAGAAGUGCCCCUUCUCCUGAUAACUGAAAAAGAACAGAGCAGCUCUCCCUCAGUGACUGAUGGAUCCUCAAAAAGUGGGCCCAGCUCAUUUAAUUCUGGGCAGGUGAAAAUGGAAGUUCACGAAACUCACAUUUAGUUUGGGUCUGGGUGAGGAAAAGUGGUGGUGAAAAGCAAUUGACCAUUUUGAUUGCUCUGAACUGAGAUGGGACCUGCGAUGAGAUGCGUACAGACAGCCAUGGAUUGAAAGCCACACAGUGUUCACACUAGUUUCAGGGCUGUUGUUGAGACUUCUCCUACUGCGACAUAUUUUCCUCCUGCCCAUUAGUCAUGAUGGUUAGUGCCGCAGUUUUCAUGUAGCACAUAUUUUCUCACUGGGAUUUGUUUAACCAUGACAUCUCUAUAUACUAUAUAUGUAUGAGAGCAUAAACAUGUAAGAACAUGAUGAUGUGUAAUUGUUUUCACUGUAUCUACAAUGAAGAAAAAGACCAAAAAUGACAUUUUAUUUCUAAGUUAGAACUGACCUUUUAUUUCAAAGUUAGAAUUGUCAGGGCUAGGUCCACAAAAGUAGUGACCAUACGAUCAGUUGUGACCAUGAAAAGUUGAAAGCCUGUUGUAAAAAGGAGUGAUUAGCUAACCAGUUACAAUGGGUCAAAGUCACAAAAUGCAGUACCACUGUGACAUCCAGUGUUUUGUCCAUUUGGAUUUUGUCUUUGCUAAUUGCAACUGGUCAUAAUCCUUUGGUUUACUGCCUAAAAACCUGCUUUGCAUAACAAGUUUACUUAAUUAACCAUGAAUCAUUCACUGAUAGCAUCAUCAUUUGUCACACAGGAAGCCAGGUAAUCAUUAGUCAUUUACUCUUUGUGGAUCUACCCCUCACAAUAAUGUAGUAUCGUGAAAAAAGGUAAUUCUCAGAAUAACAAGAUGAAAAAUUACAAUUAAUGUUAUCAUUGAUAGAAAGCUAUCUAGUGAGGUAAGUGGAAUAAGUAUUUUCAAGCUGUGUAAUCUCUGUAGUGAUACCAACUAUGAACUAAAAUAUUGAUGGAAUGGACUCAUGGCCUAACUAAAUUAACAUUUAAUAUACUAUACAAUGUUCUGUUUAAGCUAACACAUUUUCUCACAUUAAAACCAUCCAGUUUUCAACAGACAAAUUUCCUUCAGAAAGGAAAGUGAGAGACUUUGGGAGAAUAGAGUUGUAGCUGGGUAAUUUUCCUUGUAUUGGUAGUUAAACACAUACUGCGUAUAUGCCACAGUUUUUUGUCAAACUUAAAGCUUGGAAAUGAGCAUUUGCUUUAUUUUCAGUGUUCCCUUCAAAAAAAUCCAAUUAACAGGCACUGACUGAAUGUCUCCUAUUUUAAACCCAGACAUUACUAAUAUAAACAUGCAAGGAGAAGGUUUUUAAUGUGGUGAUAGAGCGUAACUGCAGGGUGUGUUAAUGUUUCCCAUAUCAUAUUCUUACAUGUAUGAAUAUAAAAUGUACAACUGGUUAUAUUGAUAUUCUUCCAUUGUGCAAUCCAUAAAUUCCAAAUAUACAAGUACAGUACUUAAUAUAAUAGAAUAAUUCAGGCACACAGUCUGUUUUGAUUGAGAACGUUAUUAAUUGCAACUGCAUUUACUGCAAGUAACCAAAGGCUUGAUUUAUUCUCUGUCAUUUAUAUUCAUGGUGUUCGUUGUAGAGAAAGUAUUGUGAAAUGUUAUGUAAAUGUAUUUA